GCAAAUAUAUUUCUUUGUAGAAUGUCAAGCUAUGGAAUUAAUUAUUAUCAAUUGUAAACAAACAUAAAUUUAUUAUUAUUUUAUCGAAUGUAUUAAAAUAGUGCUGAAGAAAUUUGCUCGAGUAAAUGUUAUUAAUUUCCUUGAUUUCAUCAAAGAAAUGCAAGAUGAGUUCGUAACAAAAAUUUAUCAAAAAUUCAUCAGUAAUUAGCUGUUUGUUAAUUAGAAAACUUUUUCGAUUUCUUGGGAGUUGGGAGAACUGAUUCCCUCGAAUUCGUUUUCUUAUUGAUUAUUCUAAAGAACGCGACAAGUGUCUACCACAGAACAGAAUGCUUUCGGGAAGGAUUUACUAAAGGGAAGGGCUGUUAUUCACAAUAUAUAGGAACUCAAAAACUAGCAUGCAACAAGCCUUUUCGUGGUGUUGAAUUCCUGGUGUUCAUCGCUUUUAUCCUCUCAGCCCUUGAAAUUCUGGAGAACUCAUCAAGAUCAAGCGGUCAUAUUUUUAGCUUUUAAAAAUAUUCUUUUCUAAUAGAAAUUAUGGAAAACUCAUCAGGACCAAGUGAUCUGGAUUUAAACAAAGAAAAACUUCUUGUUAUGAAGGAUGAGUAUCGUCGUCUGUGUUAUGAAGCCAGAAAGAAAGAAUCUCUCUCUCAUUCUACUCACGCCAAGAUGCAACAACAGAUUCGACAACAAUGGGAAAUUCUAGAAGAAUUAAAAAAGAAAAAGUCUGAGUUAACCUUGCAACUAAGACUUCAGGAUUCUGAAAGCUUUUCAAACAAGGGAAAUAAAAAUUUUCAACAUUUUCUCAAGUCAUUGGAAGAUAUGGUGAACCUUGAAGAACAAGUGAAGAAGCAAGCAAAAGCUCUUGAGCAAUAUAAGAACGAAAUUGCAGACACCGAUAAGAAAAUUAGGCAGAAACAGAAAGAAAUUGUCCAAGCUAAUCGAAGUAAAGACAGAAUAGAAAGACAUCGAAAGAAUAUUUCAUUCUUGGAAAAUAGACUGAAUAGUAGUCUCAACAAGUAUAAUCAACUUCUGAUUGCAAAUAAUGCUUUACGAGAAGAAAUCAGUUCCCUUCUCCUUACACAAAGUUCUUUUCGAAGGAAAUAUGCUCAUAUCAAACAUUUACUAGCAGUUGGUAAAAAGACAUGGUCUGAAGUCAUACAUUCUGCAACUGUAUCAUAUCAAACUGGAGAAUCUGUGAAAUAUAAGCUGAAUUUGCUGAAAGAAAGAACUCAGAUUGAUCAGAAGAAAUUAGGUGAAAAAAUCAAAGAGCUGAAAAUAUUAGUUGAACAAGAUAAGCAGUUGAAGGAGUUUAUGGAAUUUAAAGCAAAGGAAAGAAUGACAGCCAGUGAAAAUGAAGAAAUAGUUACAGGAAAUGAGCAAAUUCUAGAGCAUAAACUUCAAAAUUAUCAUAGCAUCCUUGCCCGAAUUCAGAUGGCUUCUGGAUGCAAAGAUGUUAAUCAUAUAUGCAAAAGCUAUAUUGAACAAGAAGAAGCUAAUUUAGCAUUAUUUGAAAAAGUUAAUGAGAUGAAUCUUGAAAUAGAGAAGUUACAUGAAGAAGUUACAGCUCAGAGGAAAGAACUUGAAAUUAUUACUCGACAAUACAAAGAACAACAGAGGAAAGAUUUAGCUAUUAAAAGUGAUAUUGAGAAUGUGACAGAUAAAUUACGAACUGAGGCUAAAGAACUAGAAGAUGCAGCUGAUGCCAGAGCUGAGGAACUAGAAUAUGUAAAACGGGUGUUAUUGAAGAUUUAUGGUGCUUUAGAUGGAAUUUCAUUCAGUGGUAUUUCUUUUUCUGUUGAUGACAGCAUUACAGAUGACAAUAUUCUAUUAUACUUAGAAGCUCUUGAAAGAAGAAUAUUAGAGUUAAUAAAUUGUCAUAACUUCAUGAAGCGGAAGGUAAAGUCCUGUGAAUCCAAAAAGGGACUUAACAAAAGCAAAAAUAAUACUCAUAAAUUAAAUUUUUCAUUGACAAGAAAAUCUCCUCAUUGCAUGCCUGUCCAUCUGAAAAGUAAGGUUACCAAUCACACAAUGAAUGAAAAUAAAGAAAUAUCUGAAAUUUUAUACAACAGAGAAAAUCUAAAUGCUUUUGCAAAGAAGCUGGAGCAGAAAAAAGCCUAAAUCUAGUUUGUACUUUUUCAACCGGUGCUGCGGUCCGUCCAAAACAUAUGAAAAUAAAAUAUACAUAAUAGUAAAAUAAAGAGCUACCUUCUUUCAUUGUUAAA